AUGCGCUUAUUAAAAAUUCAAAAAAGAGACAUAAGACCGUUCAAAUGUAAGUUCUGCAGUUACUACGCAAGAACUAACAGUCAAUUGAAGGUUCAUAUGAUGAGGCAUCAAGGAAUCAGACAGUACGUUUGCCACUUGUGCAACUACAAAGGAGUGACUCAGUCAGAUCUGAAUAGACACACGAAGUCACAGAUCCAUGUCUUGAAAUCAAGGAACGAAUGCAGCCAGUGCUCCGAGGGCUUUGUGUCUCCUAUGAACCUCGCCCAACACUGUAAAGAUCGACACCACAUUCAGCAGGGCUCUUAA